AGCAACAGUUGCGGAAUUAUUGGAAUUCAACAAUGGCGGACAGCGUGGCCUGGCGGCCAUUGAAUUUUACUGCUCGAGUCAUUUGCUCUAUACGAAUCACUAUCUCAGAUUUCAGGAUGAGCGAUUCGGCAGCUGCGGUGGUCUGUUCUCCUGCGGCAGGAACAUCCGAGGGAUAGGUUUUCCGUUUUGGGGAGGCGAUCGACCUCCACAGUGCGGCUUCCGCGAGAUGCAGCUCCGGUGCUCGCGCGAGAAUCUAACUACGAUAGAUCUCGCAGGUCAGUCCUUCGUUGUGCUCGAGAUUGGCAAUCGAUCGAUGAGAAUUGCGCGGCUCGAUAUGUGGAACGGAUUCUGCCUACGGAGGUAUGAGAGCACGUGGUUGAGCGAUGGAAAUGGCGACGGCGAUCCGCAGCUGAAGUCCAGUGUGAACGUUGAGAAUCUCUACUUGUUCUACUCCUGUUAUUCCGAUUUCGAAAUAUCGGCUAGGAAUAGGUUCGAUUGUGGCGGUAAUGGAACCGACGGAGUACGAUACCUCGUGGAUGAGUCGUUGCAAGCUCCGAUCGUCUGCGGUUCGAACAUUACGCUUCCGGUGAUGAGUAGCGCAGUGGAGAAAUUCCGGUUGAACGAAACGACGACGUUGGAAGAGGUUGUGAACGGAGGCUUUGAGGUGGAGUACGUCGUGGACCGCGCUGCAGCUUGCACGGCGUGUGAAAUGUCCGGCGGUCACUGCCGGCCGGAAAAUAAUUCUGCCGCCAUGUUCGUGUGUUCUCAUUCAGGAAAUGGCUUGAAUUUAGGACUCAAGCUUACAAUAGGUUUUGUAGCAGCUGCCCUCAGCGCCAUAACAAUGUGCAUACUGUUCUCAGUUUACCAUCGUCGCUACAAUCGACGUUACAACACUCGGCAUAUCCCGUUGAAAUCGAAUGGAACUUCUUCAUGUUCCAUGGUAGAAGACCUGAAAAGGGCCGGAAUCCACAUCUUCGAUUACCACAAACUUGAACAAGCCACGGACAAUUUCGACGCCAAAAGGGAGCUCGGCGAUGGCAGCUUCGGCGUGGUAUAUCGAGGAAAGCUAGAUGAUGGCCGCAUUGUGGCGGUGAAAAGAUUAUACGAACACCAUUACAGAAGAGUUGAGCAGUUCCGGAACGAGAUCGAGAUACUCAGUCAUCUGAGGCAUCAGAAUCUAGUAACGCUUUACGGAUGCACGUCCAUGUCGACAAGAGAGCUUAUCCUCGUGUACGAAUACAUCCCUAACGGCACGCUCGCCGAUCAUCUAUACGGCGCGCGAGCCAAUCCCGGCUCGCUCCCAUGGAUCACCCGUUUAAAAAUUGCCGUUGAAACGGCGAGCGCGCUGUCGUAUCUCCACGCCUCCGGCGUCAUCCACCGAGACAUCAAGAGCACCAACAUCUUGCUCGACAACAACUUUGGCGUCAAAGUCGCAGAUUUCGGUCUGUCCCGUUUACGACCGUCGAACGCGACUCACGUAACGACAGCGCCUCAGGGCACGCCAGGAUACGUCGAUCCCGAGUACUACGAGUGCUAUGAGCUGACGGAGAAAAGCGACGUGUACAGCUUCGGGGUGGUGUUGAUGGAGCUGAUAUCGUCCCUCCCGGCGAUCGAUAUAACGAGGGCGAGGGACGAGAUAAACCUGUCGAUGAUGGCGAUUAACAGGAUCCAACGGCGUAGGGUGGACGAGCUGGUGGAUGGACGUAUCGGGGUCGGGAGGGAGCGGGAAAUGGCGGCGGAGGCGGCGGAGGUGGCGUUUGGAUGCUUGCAGAGUGUGGGGGAGAUGCGUCCUGAUAUGGAGAGUGUUUUUGAUGUUUUGCAGGGGAUAAAGAGCAAGAUGGAGGGUAGCGUUAUAGAGGUUAUGGACAUUCCCAAGGAGGAUUUGUUGCAGUUGAAGAAGAAUUCUUCCUCUCAAUCUGUUUCGCCACAAUGACUCGCUUCAUUGCUGCUUCUGGUUAUGCUUAUGAUCAAAUUUCCAGAAGUGUAUGCACGCGUGUGUGUGGAAGAAUCCGUUUGAUUGGUGAUACUAAUGGGGCGCUUGUAGGGAAGGGAAGUGUAAAGCGUAGAAAAUAGAUGGUAGUGCAAUAAUAUAAAUAGGUAUUUAUUUACUACUAUAAUGAAUUUUAAAAAAGCUACUGUUACUCCGCCGCACAUAAACACAUAACACACACUUUUAUUUAACAUUAUGUGUGCUAUAUAACUAUUUAAUAUAUAUAUAUAUGAUAAAUAGUUUAAACCUUUAUUAUAUACAUAUUUUUAUCAUUUUAAAUGCAAACAAAAACCACUUAAAAAAAAUGGAACAGGGGAG